GGGUGCCAAGAGGAUAGAGCCAGGCUCUUCUCGGUGCUGCCAACCACUAGGACACGAGGCAAUGGGCAGAAACUGAGCAUGUGGAAGAACUUCUUUCCUGUGGUUUAAGAAGAAAGCAAAGAGGAGCUGCCAAUCAAGAGAUCUGUCAUGACUGCCAGUACAUCUAAGAGAAUUGCCUGGAGUGAUUAUGUCUUCGAUUCAAAGCACAGGCAAGAUCUUGAAGAUUCCCAUGAGGCCCACAGGAAAGAAUCAAAAGAGAAGGAAAGAAGACUGGCAGUCAGUCAGUGGAGCACAGAUGUACAAUCCCUUGUUUCAUCUUCUGAAUGGCUUCAACGUUAUGGUCUCAAAAGAAACAAAUUGUCCCUCUCCCAGAUUUUGUCACAGAUUGGAUUCCAGCACAGGAAAGAUUAUGUGACCACCUUGGGGAAACCUGUGGCUUCUCGGUAUGCAGAUGGUCUGUUUCCUCAGUACAAGAGAGCACAAGAUGGCAGUGUGUAUAAUCUGACAGCCAAAAAAGAACUGAUUCUUCAUUUUGUGGAUUGUCUAAUGGGAGCUAUUGAGCUGUAUAAGCAGCGAAUGGAAUGGUUAACGAGUGAGAGCCGGCAGAUAUUUGGAGUGAUUCAAGAACGGUGCAUUGUCAUUGUUUUGGAUUUUGGCACUGCAGCUCCAACUGAAUUUGAUCUAUGUCGGGAUGCACUUUCUAUGGUACUUGUGGAACAGGUGAUCCAAAUUGCCAGAUUCAACCUCAUUCGGGCUGCACAGGAUCUUAUGAAGUGGCAACAGAAACCUACUCCUGUGUCUGACCAUACUGUAAAGGCUGCUGUUAUGUGGCUCUGGAAGCUGGACCAUAUGACAGCUGUCAGCCAUACCAACUCUGCUGAAGCCCUGCUGGAAGCCAUGGGUGAUGAGGCGGUUGAAGCUGUUUAUUACUUUGCUGUGGGUGAUGUUCCAGUGGACACAAAACAGCUACUCCUUGAGAAGGUUUCUGAUGGCCCCUGUCCAAUCAACACUGUGUCUUUCAAUGCUAGGGAAGAAGAAACUAUUAUUUUUCUGAAGGAGCUGAGCCGCUUGGCCUCUGGCAGAUUCCAUGCUUUUGCUGAGAAGAAAGACUAUAGACAAACUACUGGAGCUGCAUUAAAAUAUGAAGAGGAUGGAAAAGGUCUAAUUGCCCUGAACUCUGGAAAACUGAAAGGGCGAAUGCCACUAGUAGCUGGUGUCCGUGAAGAUGUCUUUUUGAUCUGGAAGGAGUUGGAGGAAGCCAGGAAUACAGUGAGACAAGUUCAGAAAAUUUUAUCAGAAUCUGACCAGCCUACUUCUCAAGAUGCAACCAAAACUGAUCAUCCAUUACAAAAUCAUGUAUAUGACAAGUAUUUGACUUCUGAGAAGUGGUUGCAGAAAUAUGGCUUGAAAGCUCAGAAGCUCACACCGUAUGAUGCACUUGCUGAUUGUAUUUUCCGCCAUGUAGAUGGGAUUGUUGACAUAAAAACUAAACCAGAGGAUGAAUCUUCACAAACUGAUGCUGAGACAAAAAGGAAGGUAAUUCAUGCAAGAUACUGUGACAGGUUUGUACAUACCCUCUGGAAAGAUGGAUCUGUAGUUCACAUAUAUGUUAGUACAGAAAAGUAUAAGCAGUACGAAGAGAAAAUGAGGACAGCUCUCAGACAAGUGGAAGGAAGGAUUAAGUGGCUUCAACAAGGAAGCAGAGGGCUCUUUGGUAAUGUGUUUGAAGAUAAUGUCUAUAUUCUCAUUGAUACAUCCCAGUCUAUGAACAACAAGCUGCCAGUGGUGAAGGAAAAAAUAUUUCAGCUCAUACAGGAACAAUUGAGACACAAGAAGAGAUUUAACUUUGUGAAAUUUAGUGCCCAAGCAGUGGCAUGGCAAGAGAAACUUGCUGAAGUUAAUGAGGAAAAUUUGCAAGAUGCUUGGCUUUGGAUAAAACAGCUUGAGGUUGGAAGUUCCACAAAUACACUCAAAGCUCUCCAGAUUGCUCUUGCUGAUACUGACACUCAGGCUAUUUAUCUCUUGACGGAUGGGAGACCUGACCAGCCCUCCCAAAUAAUUUUUGCUGAAGUCCAUCUUCAUUGUAAAAUUCCCAUCCAUACUGUAUCAUUCAACUGUGAUGAUAUAGAAGCUAAUAAAUUUUUGUAUGAACUAUCUACUAAAACAGAGGGACGGUUUCAUUAUUACAACAUUUAUUUGACUGAUCCUGAUACUGCAGAGUUUAUUCUUAAUAAAGACAUACAUCUUUUGAAACGAGAAAUUGAUCAAGGAGAAAAAGACCUAGAGAAAGUAAAGACCUUUCAUGUCAAAAGCCUGAUGAUGGAUUCUUUUAAUGAAGAAAAUUAUCCAGAGAAUAACAGUAGGCUGUUCUGUGCUUCAGAAGAGCCAGCACGGACACCACACCAGCAAACCUGGCAAACGACUGCUGACAGUCCAGCCCGAAGAAAGAAAUUAUUAUUUGCAGAGCAAACAAAGAGCAGCCUGCUGCGAAUCCUGAGCCAUGGUGUGAAAUCUAGGGAAGAAAGCCCAGAGGAAAGAACAUCUCCAGAGGAAAAAAGUUUUUCUGUCAAGAAGAGUGUGAAAUGUACAACUAUUUUGAAAGAUCUGAAAAUGCAGAAUGUGAAAAAGGCAUCUAAAAGCACUCUAGAUAUCUCUUCAGCCCUUUGGUUAAAGACCCAUGGCUUGGUUGCUAGGCGACUCACCAUCAUGGAUGCCUUAGCUCCUACAGCUGUCCCUCAUGGUAGCAAAUACAUCCCAGUUCUGGACAAGCAUGUAGUUUCUAAAGUAUUUGAUGAGAUAUUACCAUUGGCCCAUGUUAGCAAUGACAAGAAGGGGAUCACACUAAUUAAUCCUCAGGCAGUGAAUCUUGUUGCCUAUAAAGAGAAGCUGGAGCAAGCAAUUAAAUCCUACGAAAGGCGCCUGAACCUAGUUGUUUGGAGAGCACUAUCUCAGGAGGAAAGAGACAAAUUUAAAGAGGAUGGGCCAGUCCAAUAUAUGCAGCAUAAAGAAGCUUUGCUGGAGGCUUUAGAGAAUUUGGGAUGGCCAAUUUCCUACGAAGAUGUAAAAUUGCUAGAAGAUGAGAUACUGGCAGCAUUAACAUAUAUGCAACAAGCCUCUGAUCUUCAGGAAGCUGUCAAAAAGGAAACUGAGAAAAGCUCAGAAUCACACAUAAGCAACAAUAAAAAGAGACAUGAAGAAGCAACUAUGAAGUCAAAGUCUAAGACAGGACAAAAAUGGCAAAUAUUUGUGACUCACAAAAGCCAAAAGGUAAUUGCAAGAUCAAACGUCACAGGAUUUUAUUAUCCAGGAACUGUGAUAAAGAAUGUCAGUUCUACCUGUGCACUUGUUGACUUCAGCAAUGGGGAGAGCUGGGAUGUACCUGUGAAGUUCACUAUACCUGUGGGAGGUGCUAUGCCAUGCCCACAUCUGCAGGUUGGAGACUAUGUGUUUGCCAGAACUGGGACCCAGGCAGGAAAUGAGUAUUAUGUACCUGCCAUUGUCAUUGCAACACCAGAGAGGGUGGAAACAGGUAACAAACUCUACACAGUACUGAUGUUCAACAACAGGAAGGAACACUGUGUAAGAAGUGAGCUUAUUAAAAUCAGCCAAACAAAGUAUGCCUAUUCCUGUCAGUACAUAAGAACGGUGCAGAUGGUGGAUUAUGAGAUCCUGGACAGUGAGAUCACAAAGCCCUAUCCUCGUUCACCUCUGGAACAUGAAGGAGGAGAAGAAGCAAAGAAAAGUACUGUCGAAGAAAAGAGGGGGAAAAAGAAAAAGAAGAGGAGAGCAGUAGACAUAAUACAUCCCAUGGAGAAGAUGUCAGACUUUGAUAAUCUUAUAUUUGUCUCCAAAAGUGAAGUAAAACAGAGAGGAAGAAAUUCACAGUCUAGUAAUAAAGAAGAAUUUGGAGCAUCUUCAUUCUCCGUUUCAUCACCCUGGUGUUCAUCGAGGUGUCAAACUCUGCAGUCACCAAGAGCUUCGACACCCAGCUCACUGAAGUCUCGCUGUUGCUCGUGCAGUCCAUCUGCAGAAAAUUCUCCAGAACCUGGUAAAAGCAACAUCCGCCAGAUUAUCAGGGUCAACAUGGAGCAGUGAGGAUUGGCAAGCCAGCCUCAGCACCACUGCACAGAGCUCAGGAAGCCACAGUAAGGGUGCGUGAUGAAGGAGCUUGGGAGGAAUGAAUGAGGCUGCAGAUACAAAAGAUUUUUAGCAUCUACAACUGUGAAAUUCUAUUUCUUGAAUCAAAAAUAAACUUAUUAGUUAAUAAUAAA